CCAUGACCCCCGCAGCUCUCCCUGGCAGGCUCGUCGCCGCAGCCCCCCAGACCCGGCCGCUGCCGCCGCCUGCGCCUCGGCGGGCCCCACGGUGACCCCAUCAGGAAGCGGGUGCAGAAGGGCGACCAUGGGGAUGAAACAGUCCUGCCUGAAAGGUCUGAGUGCAUGUAUGGACAGUGAUGGCCAGGAUGAGGCGCCUGUGCUGGGUGACAAAAACCUGCCACUGCCCCAGAUAAUCAUCACGCCCCCCACCCCCACGGUCCUCACGGUGCUACACAAGGACAACUGGCAACGCACAGCAUGGAUGGACAAGGCGGGGUCUGCCGAAAACAAAAAUGAAGACGCUGACAAUGCCUAAGGAGGCUGGACGGAACCAGGCACUGACAGUGCCCACUGCUGUGCCCGCCGCACUGGGAGCAGA